AUGUCUAAUAUUGCACCCACCGUCGCGAGGCAGGCCCUGCGCAUUGCCUCUCGUCGAUACCCCUCGUCUGCUUUUUCCCGUGUCUCCAGUAUCCGUCGUCACUAUGUCUCAGAGUCUAAGCCCGCCCAGGCGACCGUCUCCAGCGCCUCCCAUCUCGACGAAGCCAUCAAGAAGGAGCAGCGGAGUUUUCUCAAGGAGACGGGAGAAAGAGCAGAGGAUGCGACUAUGCCAACAACAGGCAUGGGCGCUGAUGCCAUGAUGAGUCCCACUGCUGGCAUACUCAAGCAAGCCACCGUCAUGGAUCAGGGCUCACGGCCCAUCUACCUAGACAUGCAAGCCACAACACCAAUGGACCCACGAGUAGUAGACAAGAUGAUGCCAUACAUGACCGGCAUGUACGGUAACCCCCACUCGCGAACCCACGCGUAUGGUUGGGAAACCGACACGGCCGUAGAGGAUGCUCGCGCGCACAUCGCCAACCUCAUUGGUGCAGACCCCAAGGAGAUCAUCUUCACCAGCGGGGCUACCGAGAGUAACAACAUGAGUAUCAAGGGCGUAGCUCGCUUCUUUGGGCGAAGCGGCAAGAAGAAGCACAUCAUCACAGCACAGACGGAGCACAAGUGUGUGCUUGACAGCUGUAGACAUUUGCAAGAUGAGGGCUUCUCCGUCACUUACCUGCCAGUAGGAAACAACGGUCUGAUCGACAUGGCCCAGCUCGAGGCCGCCAUGCGCCCUGACACCGCCAUUGUCAGUAUCAUGACCGUCAACAACGAGAUUGGUGUUGUUCAACCUGUUGAAGAGAUCGGAAAGCUCUGCCGAUCGAAGAAGAUUUUCUUCCACACCGACGCGGCGCAGGCUGUCGGCAAGAUCCCCAUCGACGUCAACAAGAUGAAUGUCGACUUGAUGUCGAUAUCAGGCCACAAGAUCUAUGGUCCCAAGGGCAUCGGCGCAUGUUACGUGCGGAGGCGGCCUAGGGUCAGGCUCGAUCCCAUCAUCAGUGGCGGUGGUCAAGAGCGAGGAUUGCGAAGUGGUACACUAGCACCUCCCCUUGCCAUCGGUAUGGGCGAAGCCGCACGGAUCUGCAAAGAAGAGAUGGAGUAUGAUACCAAGCGCAUCUCCGCGCUGUCGAACCGUCUUCUCGAAGGCCUGCUAUCGCUCGAGCACACCACACUCAACGGCGAUAGGGAGCGACACUACCCUGGGUGUGUCAACGUUUCUUUCGCCUACGUCGAGGGUGAGUCACUGCUCAUGGCGCUGAAAGACAUUGCCCUGUCUUCGGGCAGCGCUUGCACAUCGGCGUCGCUCGAACCCAGUUACGUCCUGCGGGCACUUGGCAGCAGUGACGAGAGUGCGCACAGCAGUAUUCGCUUCGGUAUCGGACGCUACACUACAGACUCAGAGAUCGACUACGUCUUGAAGGCGGUCAAGGAGCGUGUUACCUUCCUGCGCGAGUUGAGCCCGUUGUGGGAACUCGUGCAGGAGGGUGUCGACCUCAACACGAUCGAAUGGAGUCAGCAUUGA